UGUAUAUCAAUCUGGUGCUAAACAAUCACUACUCAAUCAAUUACCCAGCAGAUGGUGAUAUGGCAAAAUCAAAUCAAAUGAUUCCACGUCUUUUGAUUGACAGUACCUCUGCCUCUCAGUAAACCACCAAAAUAAACUAGAUUUCUAUAUUUUUGUCCUUAAGUUUUAUGUUCUAAACUACAUGAGUGACAAUGCAAUUAAAGAACCUUAUAUUUAGCAGCAGUGUGUAUGCGUGUGUGCGUGCCUGUGAGUGGGGUGCAUGUGUGUUGAGGUACGUGUGUGUGUGUGUGUGUGUGUGUGUGUGUGUGUGUGUGUGUGUGUGUGUGUGUGUGUGUGCCGUGUCUACCCUGACACUAGGUGAAUGUUUACUCCAUUUUAUUUCAUUCAUGAUCAUUAAGUAAAAUAUAAGCGAGCUAGAAGACUUCACUUUGGAUUCAUUCUUUGAAAUAUUUUAUAUUAAAGUUAACCGAGGAAGGCAGUCUACUGCACUUUAUACAAACAACCAAACAACAUGGUCUGAGUUUUUUAUAAGACGUGGCAUUUGUCCUGUUCUGUUUCCAUAGCUGUACGUUUUAAGAGAGACUGUGAUUGGUCAGGCUAUGGCCAAUGCACAUUGAUUCAUCAUAUCAAAGGAUAUUUGCAUGUGGACAUUGAACUAAACUUUUAAAUAGCUCAAAAUAGCAUCUAAUCUGUCCCUUCUUACAAUCGCAGUAUUUUUGAAAAGGUAAAGAAACAUGCUACAUUCAUAGACAGCUCUAUUUGCCUCUUAUUUUGAAUAACGACUCCAGAAAAUGGACAUUGAAAUAGUGAUGGUUUUCAUUAUUUCUCAUCCUGCAUUAGUACCCUUUAGUUUAUCUAGUGAACUCUAAUGUAGACAUCAGAAAAAUAACACAUUUGGACUAGGAACACAAUGUACCUUUUAAUGGUUCAUUGUAUAUUGGCUACCCAUAAUAUUCAUACCCAUAAUAGUAUACAAUGAAUUCUGGACACAGAGGUAUAUCAAUCAUUCACUUUACAUUAUGUUUCAAUAUCCAGUAUACAUUUAUAUCUGGAUAAUAUGUAGUAAACGGGACUUCAGGCUUCGACCAGAAACCCCUCAUGUUUAGUCCAGGAUCACAAUUCAUGUUACUGGAGCAACCCCUGAGAAUAAUUGUUACAUCUCUAAAUAUAUGGCUCUGGAGGAAAGUGUGUUGAAAUAGCAGUGGGCUGGAUUCCAACCCAGGCUGCAGAAGUAUAUGUCACAAAGCAGCGUAGACCUGUAAACCACCCGAGACAACAGGAUAUUCUUUAUUGCAUCGGACGACAUUCCUCUAUCUCCCUCCCGCUAACUAACCCCACCUUCUGGCAGAACCAGGAAGUCCCUCCCCCUCCCACAAACUUUCUUCUGGGAAAACAAAAUUUAUCUGAAUCUCGGUGCCGUUUGUCCGUGUGAAAGUGAGCAACAACCGUCCAAAUGGCUCAGCAGGCAGUUCUGCUGGACCAGGACCAGUUCUCUUGUUCUGUCUGUCUGGAUCUACUGAAGGAGCCAGUCACUAUUCCCUGUGGACACAGUUACUGUAGGAGCUGUAUUGAGGGCUGCUGGGAUCAGGAUGAUCUGAAGGGGAUCUACAGCUGUCCUCAGUGCAGACAGACCUUCACUCCAAGGCCUGCUCUGAGAAAGAAUAACAUGUUGGCUGAAGUGGUGGAGAAACUGAAGAAGACAGGACUUCCGGCUGAUCCCCCUGAUCUGGGCUAUGCUGGACCUGGAGAUGUGGCAUGUGAUUUCUGCACUGGGACCAGAAAGCAGAAAGCCCUCAUGUCCUGUCUGGUGUGUCUGGUGUCUUCUUGCAAGACUCACCUCCAGCCUCACUAUAGUGUCCCUGCACUAAAGAAGCACAAGCUGGUCAAAGCUUCCACACAGCUACAGGAGAACAUCUGCUCCCGUCAUGACGAACUGCUGAAGAUUUACUGUCGUACCGAUCAGAAUUGUAUCUGUUAUCUGUGUAUGGUGGAUGAUCACAAAGGCCAUGAUACAGUCUCAGCUGCAGCGGAGAGGACCGAGAAACAGAGUCAGCUGGGGAUGAGUCAGCAGAAUCUCCAGCAGAGAAUCCAGGAGAGAGAGAAGGAGCUGAAGGAGCUCCAACAGGCUGUGGAGUCUCUCAAGCACUCUGCACAGGCAGCAGUGGAGGACAGUGAUAGGAUCUUUACUGAGCUGAUCCACUCCAUUGAGAGAAGGUGCUCUGAGGUGAAGGAGCUGAUCAGAGACCAGGAGAAGGCUCAAGUGAGUCAAGCUGAUGGACUCUUGGAGCAGCUGGAGCAGGAGAUAGCUGAGCUGAGGAGGAGAAACGCUGAGCUGGAGCAGCUCUCACACACAGAGGAUCAUAUCCAUUUCCUCCAGAGUUAUCUGUCUUUCUCCAGUCCCAGUGUCUCUUCAGACUCACCCAGCAUUGAUAAACGUCCUCAGUUCCUUGGAGAUGUGAAUAUGGCUGUUUCUGAUGUCAGAGAGAAACUAGAAGACUUCCUUAAAGGAGAAUGGAUCACGAUCUCCACCAUAGUGAAUUCAGUGAAUGAUGUACUGUCUCCAGAGCCCAAGAACAGAGAACACUUCUUACAAUAUUCCUGUCAGCUCACACUGGACCCAAACACAGCACAGAAAUCCCUCUCUCUGUCUGAGGGAAACAGAAAGGUGACAGUUGUUAAUGCUGUUAACGAUCCAAAUCCUGACCAUCCAGACAGAUUCACUGAUUGGUGGCAGGUCCUUUGUAGAGAGGGUCUGUCUGGACGCUGUUACUGGGAGGUGGAGUGUUAUCAUGGGACUGUUACAGCAGUCUCAUAUAAAGACAUAAGUAGAAUACGGAUGGUUAAUGAGUCCAGAUUCGGAUACAAUGACAAGUCUUGGGGUCUAGAGUUCUCUGGUAAUGGUUAUCGUUUCAGACACAAUAAUGUUGAGACUAAAGUAUCAGGCCCUCAGUCCUCCAGAGUAGGAGUGUACCUGGAUCACAAGGCAGGUACUCUGUCCUUCUACAGCGUCUCUGACACAAUGACCCUCCUCCACACAGUCGAAAGCACAUUCACUAAACCCCUCUAUCCUGGGAUAUGGGUUGGGUACAAAAAUGAUUCUGCUGUGCUGUGUAAACUGUAGAGUUCCCCAUAUUAGAAUGACGGUUAAUGCUCUUAUAGUUUGGUAUGUACAAUUUAUUUUGAUUGAUUGAAUCUUUAAUUUAGUCUAGGUUUAAAUCACAUCCAUAUUGAUGUAUUCUCACUUUGAUGAAAUCUAAACUAAAAAACGACUGCUGUAUUGUCUUUUUUUUUAAAUAAAGAUUUGUUAAUUUCAAUCAGUUGUAUUAUUGAAUACCUAUUGAUCCUUGAAUGUGAAUCUGUUUAGUUUUCUCAAAUCUAUCCAGGCCUAUGUACUGUAUAUACUCUGAUGUUGCAGAUUUACUACUCAAUCAACCGUCCAGCAGAUGGUGAUAUACUGUAACAAACAAUACAAUAUUAAACAUGUCUUGAUUUACCUCUUGCCACUCAGCAAACCACCAACAAUAAACAGUAUUUCAAUA